GGGAAAAAUCCUCAUCCGAAAACAUUAGAGAGAGAGAGAGAGAGAGAGAGAGAGAGAGAGAGAGAGAGAGAGAGAUGAUGGCUCAGAUUAGUUCACUUUCAAUUAGCAGUCGCAUGGAGUCUGCUAAUUGCCGAAAAGGUAAUCUUCUCCCUCCAUCAUCACACCAUUAUCAAUCUAACUCUUCAAACCCUAGUUCUCCUCCAACUAUCAUCAGUCAAGAAAAACGCCUGCAACCACAGUCGAGUAGGAAACAGCGCUAUAGGGGCCCCAAUAGUCUCCGAGCAGCUGAAUUGCUACUCGAACGGAUCUCCGAAACGCCACCUCUGCCGCACCUUAAGGAAAUUGGUAAAGCUUUAUCGACUAUUACGUUUUCGGGUAAGUACAGCACGGCUAUUUCUCAUUUUAACAGGUUGCAGUUACUAGGCAUUCACCUAGAUUUUUAUACCUUCAACGUUGCAAUUAACAGCUACUGUCAAAUGAAUCGAGUUGGCUUUGGGUUCUCUCUUUUAGGGGGCCUCUUCAAACGCGGUUAUACACCUAAUGUUAGGACCUUCACCCAUCUGUUGAAUGGGCUUAUUUUAUUAGAUAAGACUGCUGAGGCCUCAGAGUUAGUUGAGAAGCUAGUCAGAAUAGUAGAAAUCGAACCCGAUAUGGAUGGCCAUGUAUGGAUCGAUUUUAAAUGGACUUUGCAAAAUGGGAAACACCAGAGCAGCUAUUAGGUUGUUUAGGAUGUUGGAGAAGACAGACACCAUGGCAUAUAGCAUGAUCAUUGACCGUCUUUGCAAGGACGAGAUGGUGGAUGACGCUCUCAACUUCUUAGUAGAAAUGAAUAGCAAAGGUAUUCCUGCAAAUGUCGUCACUUAUACAUCUUUGAUUUGUGGCCUCUGCAAUUGUGGCAAGUGGAAUGUGGCUACAAAAAUUCUGAGAGAAAUGUUGGGUAAUGAUGUUUCACCAGAUGUUCAUACAUUUACUGUGUUGAUCAAGGCACUUAGCAAGCAAGGGCUGACAAAGGAAGCAGAGGUGCUACUUGAAGUCAUGAUAGAAAGAGGUUUGGAUCCUGAUGUAGUCAUUCACUCGAAUCUGAUGCAAGGGUAUUGUUUGCAAGGCCGGAUGGAGGAAGCGAGGAGAAUUUUCAAUACCAUGGUGGAUAGGGUAUUGUUUGCUUAUGAACUCCUCAAAGAAGCCAUGAUGUGAUGUCGCGUUUGAAUUUCUUGGCAGAAGAUGCAUUUGGACAGUUCAUAGAGGGGUCUUGGACAGUUCACAGAUGAGUCUUGGACAGUUUCUUCGACCUCGCAGGUAUGCCCAUGUAUCUCUCUCUCUCUCUCAGCUCUCAUUUCUCUCUACCUCACUCAUUGGUACACCAUAUUAUUUUAGUUUGUAAUUCUCAAGAAGGGUUGAGCUGUUAGCUGUAGAUUUUUGCUAAAGGCUUUUGAAGUAGCAGCGUAGCUUGGGUAUGGACAAAAAAAUUAUAGCCUAAUCUUAUCAUUUGGUUUGUUUACCCAUACUCACUUCAAAUUUAGUAUCCUCCCAUCAUUUAAGUUUUGGAAUUGACUUGUCUGGCUACUCCCAUUAUUUGCCUUCAAUAAAGUUAUGGCUCUAAUUUGGUCCAUUACGUGUUUGAUGAUGUCUUACAUAUGUCGAUGGUUUUGUUGAUACAAAUAGUUUGCUUGUUAGGUGUUGAUUCAGGUUGUCAUACUUUUCCUAUUAUUUUAGAGCAUCCACAACCCUUACCCUAGCAAAUUGCAUUUUUGUUAUGAGUUUGUUCCUAUGAGCCGGCGUUAAUACAUAGCAUCCUCAUCUUGUAUCCAAAUGCUAGAUAACGAUGUCUUUGCGCUAACCGAACUCCAAAGCUGUCCAAUCUCUCUCUGCAUAAAUAUAGUUAUAGAUAUUGUUCCUCAGCGCACACAAACAAAUUUGUGGGUAUGUUAUAUGGACUGGAAACCAAGUCUGAAUUGUUUUCUGCCAAUUAUCUUUGCAUCAACCUCCUAAUUUCGUUUACUUCUUAAGAAAUAUUGGACUCUCUUUCCUUAUUGUCUUACUUUAUUUUAAUGUUUGUUUGUAGAAUAGAACCAGUGUUCUUUUUGUUAUGUUGGCGGAGGAGCGCUAGAUUUUUUCCAUAGCGUUAUCUGGUGUACUCUCAUCGGCUUGAUGGGGGUACCAAUACUUUCUUUUACCCAUGUUUAUUGUUUCCUUUUUCUUUUAUGUGGUCUUGUGCAUUGGGUUUGUAUUUCUGGUGGAAAUCAGGGAACUGUGUGAAGCUCCUGAUAUCAGUUGGUUGGGACAAGUGGUAGAUAUUUUGGGCUGAGGAGCGUCUUGUGGCUAAAAGUGAUGCCGCCAAAGGAUGGCCUUCUAUCAAAGGUUGAACUUGCUGGAUGCUGGGAAAGCGAUGGUUUGAACUUUCAAGACCUGUGUAUGAGGCAGUUGGUGCAGAUUCUAGGUUUCAAGCGUGAGCAUGGUGCCCACGUUUGUUAGCGGAAAGAACCCCUCAAUUGAAGAAGAUUUUGAAAGUUCUAAAUGCGUGUUUCAUUUUUCUAGUGUUACUAGUAAGGUACAACAAUGAGUCAUUGUAUGUGGUUUGAUAGAUAAUUAUUUCCACUGUGCAUUCAAGAGUGUGUUUCAUUUGGAAAUAUGAAAGGCAGAUUUGUAGGAUAUAUUGUUUGUGUGUUAUUUGACAGGGAACGAACUAGUAGUAUUGAAUGGAUCAACAAAUUUUGGGCA